GCUGCGCUCCCGUCUCCAGACGCGCCCCACCAUGCCGGCUGCCUAAUCCCCACAGGCUGUGUCUCCUCUGCGCAGGUCUCGCCGCUGUUUUGCGGCAUAAGUGCGGGUACUUGCAACCCCUCUCUCUGGACCUUUUUCCCAUCCCAUCUUAUCGCCAAUGAGACGCGGCGUGAAUCGCUCCCCUCGGUUCAGGAAUACCGGCUCUGGAUAUCCAGUCUACCGCCGCUGAGCGCUUCGUGUGGUGAGCGGAGGGUCCGAUGAGCCUAGAGGGGGCUGCUGUGGCGGCGUCCGGCUACCAAGGUGCGGCGCGCCAGGAAGCCAUGAUGAUGAUGAUGAUGGAGCAGAAGGUCAGCAAGUUGACCUUCGGCUUCCAGCGGAGCUCCACCUCCGACGAUGACUCCGGCUGCGCUCUGGAGGAGUACGCCUGGGUCCCGCCCGGCCUCAGGCCCGAGCAGGUCCAGUUGUACUUCUCCUGUCUGCCGGAGGACAAGGUCCCCUACGUCAACAGUCCCGGAGAGAAGUACAGAAUCAAACAGCUCCUCUACCAACUGCCGCCACAUGAUAAUGAGGUGCGUUACUGCCAGUCUCUCAGUGAGGAGGAGAAGAAGGAGCUCCACAUGUUCAGUGUCCAGAGGAAGAAGGAGGCGCUGGGGAGAGGCAUGCUCAGACUGCUGCCCCGAAACCUGCAGCACAGCGUUUGUGAGCAUUGUGGCGAGAACGUUAACGGGGGAGAGAUGGCGGUGUUUGCCUCCAGGGCGGGCCCCGGGCUGUGCUGGCACCCAGCAUGCUUUGCCUGCUCCACAUGCAGCGAGCUGCUGGUGGACCUGAUAUACUUCUACCAGGACGGAAAGAUUCACUGCGGAAGGCACCACGCCGAGCUGCUCAAGCCCCGCUGUUCAGCCUGCGACGAGAUUAUCUUUGCGGAUGAGUGCACGGAGGCCGAGGGGCGCCACUGGCACAUGAAGCAUUUCUCCUGCUUUGAGUGUGAGACGGUUUUGGGCGGUCAGCGGUACAUCAUGAAGGACGGUCGGCCGUACUGCUGCGGCUGCUUCGAGUCUCUGUACGCGGAGUACUGCGAGGCCUGCGGGGAGCACAUCGGCGUGGAUCAUGCUCAGAUGACCUAUGACGGCCUCCAUUGGCACGCUACUGACAGCUGCUUCAGCUGUGCCCAGUGUAAGAGCUCCCUGCUGGGCUGCCCUUUCCUGCCACGCCAGGGCCGGAUUUACUGCUCCAAGGCCUGCAGCCUGGGGGAGGACAUGCAUGCCUCAGACUCCUCCGACUCUGCCUUCCAGUCAGCACGCUCCCGAGAGUCGCGGCGCAGUGUGCGCAUGGGCAAGAGCAGCCGCUCGGCCGACCAGUGCCGCCAGUCCCUCCUCUUCUCACCGUCAGUUGACUACAAGUUCCCUGGCUUCAGUGGAAACGCAGACGACACUCUGACUAACAAACUGGCCCACAUGAGCCUCUCCGACGAGCGCUUCUGGAGGGGGCGUAGUGAGGAGACUGAGGCCCCCGAGGACCAGGACGAAGAGUGGGCUGAACACGAGGACUACAUGACCCAGCUGCUGCUCAAGUUCGGGGAGCAUGGGGUAUUUCAGCAGAGUGACGAAUCUAGACCCGCCGAUCUGUGGAUGUCUGAGGCAGACACCAAGGCCAAGCAGGAGUCCUCAAAAGCUGGAGAUAGCAAUGGCAGUGCAGGGGAAGGAAGGGGGAGCCAGAGUUUGGCGAGUAAGAAGUAUCAGGCAGACAUGUAUUGGGCUCAGUCCCAGGAUGGGCUGGGGGACUCCGCCUAUGGUAGCCACCCGGGCCCCGCCAGCAGCAGGAAGAUCCAGGAGCUGGAUUUGGAUCGUGGGGCUGGGGGAGGCUUCCAGGGGGAGGAGCAGCAGUGGUACGCCGACUCCCUGGAGUGCAUCACAGAUGAACUCAAGAAGACGGACCAGAGCGUCCGAGACUCCAUGGACUCACUGGCUCUCUCCAAUAUUACUGGUGCCUCAGCUGAGGGCGACAGUAAAGACCAGCCACUGGCGUAUUCAUUCCAGAACUUCCAGGAGCUGGAGGCUGAGGACUGCGAGAAAACCAGCAACAUGGGAACGCUCAACUCUUCCAUGUUACACAGGAGCGCCAAUUCCCUGAGGAGUCUGGUAUCAGAGCAGGAAGAGAAUGUUCCAGAGGAGGAGGAUGACCUUCCUCUCCCAGAGGAGAGGCCUACACCCCCCCACGUCCCUGCCCUGAGGAGGACACGCUCCCAAUCAAGGCCGCAGCAGGUCAAGUUCUCCGACGAUGUCGUGGACAAUGGACAUUACAAUGACCUGCCGGUACGCCAGCCCCCUAUGAGUGAGCGGACCAGGCGGCGAGUGUACCACUUUGAGGAGCAGGACCACGAGCUCCGCCCUGGCCGCCACCAUCACCACCACCACCACCGGAGACGCCGCAGCCGCAAAUCUCGCUCUGACAACGCACUUCACCUGGUACCCAAAGAGAGGGCUCGCAUAUACUAUAAAGAGGACCACAGAGGGCACGCCCUUAGCGUCAAGGGCCCACCAGCUUUCUACGGGAAGCCCCCUCAUGGCCACCCCAACCCCCAUGCCACGACAGACUAUAGCCUGCAGGGACCCUCCAUGGAUAGGUUCUUGGGGCUUUGUGCAGACGAUGAUGACUGGUGCUCCACUUGCUCCUCUUCCUCAUCCGAUUCAGAGGAAGAGGGCUUCUUCCUAGGUCAGCCCAUCCCCCAGCCCCGGCCCCAUAGACACUACUAUACUGACAACUUGCCCAGCCCGGUGGAAGGUAUGCCCUCCCCACUCUAUGGCCCGCGGACUAAAUCCACAAAGAAGAAAGGGCACAAGGGGAAGAACUGCAUCAUUUCCUAGACUGUGGUUCACUCCUCUCAUCAGCAGCUUUGGGUCCUGCUUUGCCACUCAUCUGAGUCUCGUUGCCACUGUUCUAUUUGCCAAAACAGCCUGCUUGCUAUUAAAUGCAUUGAAUCUUGCCAGAAUAUAAUGUACGCUUAAUAAAGCACUCAGUUUACCAACCUGUUUUACAGUCCUUAAUCCAGUUCACAAGCGUACAUCUGAAGCAUUACAAACUGCCAACGUGGUAACAAGUAAUUCAGAAUAACACACACAGUAUUUAUGAAGCCUCAUUUAGAGCUAAAUUGAGAUUAUUAUUUAACAUUGCAGAUAUGAAUGUAUAUAUUGUAGAGUUCAAGACUGCUAUUUUUUAUACCCCCCGAGUUCAAGACUUGUUUUGUAGCAGAAAGGCAUUUGAUGGCGGUUGGCAGUGCGGAGCCGUUUUUCCAACAGGAAGCCUGAACCAAAUGACACCGAGUACGACCCAGGCUCUUUGUUUAAGCAUUUCUUUUGUAUGGGCUUGGACAGCCGUGACACGAGGGGAACACUGGGUGUUUUGAUAGGGCCUUGCUGAGAGGUCUAUUUAUGGGUCAUAUUCUAUUGUAAACAAAUCAUUGUAUUCUGUAUAAAUGUACAAAUGGGAAUAUAAGGCUAAGGUUGAUAAUUGUAAUAAAAAAUAUAUA